ACUUUUGGCGGUAAAAAGCAUAAAGAUAAUUUUCUUGUCUCAUUGAGUGAAUUUACAUUUUUCCUUUUUUUUUAAUUGUUUUUCAUCAAUUCUCUUUGUUGCAUUUUAAUUCCUUCAAUUGUUGAUAAUUUUAAGCGUUUAUUUGGUUAACUGUUAAGAUUGAUUGAGACAUUUUGUAUUCAUAAUGGGUGAUUCAGAUGGCUUGGAAAUGUUACCUUUGUAUUAUCAAUUACUUUUUCCUUCUAAACUUUUCUGUAAAUGGUUAUCCUAUGGAAAUGAUGAAAGUUUCCUUAAUAGAAGAGAAUUUUCUUUUACCUUACCUGGUGAUAUCUAUUUACGUUAUCAAAGUUUUAAAAAUUCAGAGGAAUUACUGAAAGGACUUGCAACCAAACUUCCUAUUAAAAUCGAUAUUGGUGCUGUUUUUGAUAAAGUACCAAAAGAUAAUCGUAAAACAUUGGAAUCUCUUAUUCCACAGGAAAGGGAAUUAAUUUUCGAUAUUGAUAUGAACGAUUAUGAUGAUAUUCGUACCUGUUGUAAAGGCGCAGUAAUUUGUAAAAUGUGCUGGAGAUUCAUUGUUAUUGCUGCUAAGAUUUUAGAUCGAGCCUUGAGAGAAGAUUUUGAUUUUAAAAAUAUUCUUUGGGUCUAUUCUGGUCGUCGUGGUAUUCAUGGUUGGGUCUGUGAUGCUCGAGCUCGUAAAUUAUCACAAGAUGCAAGAUCUGCCAUAGUUGAUUAUUUAUCUCUAGUUGAAGGUGGUGAAUAUAAAAGUAAACGAGUUACCCUUCCAGCCAACAAAAAUCUUCAUCCAAGUGUUAAAAAAUCAUUGGACUUGAUUAAGAGUGAAUUUGUUGAUUUCAUGAUUAAAGAUCAAAAAUUAUUCGACACAACGGAAAGUGCAUCAAAGGUGAUCGAUCUAUGUCUUGAUAGCGAAUUAAAGUUGGCCUUGAGAAGUAAAGUUCUAAAAUCAUUUCGUACUGGUAUCGAUCGUUGGGAAGUUUUCGAGAAAACCGUUGAACUUUUUGUUCAGGAAAAAAAUUACACCCGAACUCAUGCAAGAUACUAUUUAGAUGAAAUUAAAUUACAAAUGUGUUAUCCUCGUUUAGAUGUAAACGUUUCCCGAGGAAUGAACCAUUUAAUCAAAUCUCCGUUCUGUGUUCACCCUAAAACCCAUCGAGUUUGUGUUCCCGUUGAAAUGGAUAAGAUUGAAAAAUUUGAUCCAUUUACCGUUCCAACGAUUGAUCAACUUUGCUCCGAAAUUGAUGCUCAUGAUGCCGCUAAUCCAGAGAAAACCAAUAUCGAUGUUUAUGAUAAGACAAGUUUGAAAGAAUUAAUGAAAUUUUUCCGUUUAUUUGUGUCCAAGUGCGAAAGAGACGAAGCGAUCGCCAGAGCAGCCGAAGCUCGAGCCACCGAAUCACUUGAUUGUUAAUCACCCAACCAAACCAAUCGAAUCAAUCAUAUCUUAUGGAGAAGAGAAAAAAAAUCAAUAGUCACAAUCAAUAAUCAAUCUUGAAAAAAAAGUCAAUCAUUUCUAUUACAUGAGCAACGAUGGUUAAAUCUAAAUUCUGUCCACAAGUAAUUAACACAAUUAAUCAACACCUUUAAUUACAAUGGAAAUUUUCAAACUUGAUUGAUAUAAUUUCUCAUGUCUUUCUUAUUAAUACAAUUUGUCCUACAACAAACAAUGAUAUUGAUCUAUUUUUGAUUAAAAAUACAAAUUGAUUUUACCA